UCUCUCUCACUUCUACGUUCCCCUCUACCUCUCAGUCACCCAUCCACUUUCCUUUCUUUCACUCAACCACCUUCUUUUCUCUCACUCAGCAACCUUUCUCUCACUCAGCCACCUUCUUUUCUCUCUAUAUCUAAGACAGAAGUAAACGUACUAAAAUUAGAACAAAACCUUAAAAGAAAGAGCAAAAACCUAGAUUUUUUACAGCAGCUAAGACUGAGAUCAAUGGCGAGACCGGUGGAGCUUCCUAACGAUUUGGUAGAUGAGAUACUCUAUCGCGUUCCGGCCACAUCCCUGAAACGGUUACGAGCUACUUGCAAAAGAUGGAACCGUUUGUUCAAAGAAGAUAGGAAAUUCGCGAGUGAGCACCGGGAUAAAGCCGCAAAGGAGUUUCUAUUUCUCAUCAUGACAGAGAAGCAGAGGAUUUGUCCGUUGAGCAUAAUCAAUCUUCCCCCACAUGGAGAUGAUGUUCCUCUUCUUCCAUCUGUAGAGGUAAAAAGAGAGCUUAGCCUACCAGAAUCCUUUAACAACUCACUUCAGACCAAAGUCUUUCACUGCGACGGCUUAUUGUUAUGCGUCCGCGAUUUCCCCAUCAGCACCACCACAUGCCAUUAUGAAAUAGUGGUUUGGAACCCGUUUACUGGUCAAACCAGGUGGAUCGAAGCCAACAAUCGUUGGAAGCCAUUCAUCACAUUUGUUCUCGGGUACAACAACAACAAGUCCUCCUGCAGUCAAAGAAGCUACAAAAUUUUGUGUUUUAGUACUGCUGGCAAAGAAACAGAAAUCUACGACCUUAACUCCUCUGAUUCGUGGAGGACUCCUGAUGGUGAUCUCACUCCACCAGGCUGGACCGCUGUGAUGGCUGAAGAAGCCAUCGUCUCUGUGAAGGGAAAUACUUACUGUUUUGCUCUGGAGGAUUCAAAACCGCUACUUGGCUUGUCAUUGGUCAGAUAUGAUUUCUCUACUGAGAAAUCAUCUCUGUUUGUGCCUCUUCCCUAUCAGCAUCCAAGGUGGGAAAUUUUGAGACUUUGUGCUGUUAGGGACGAGAAACUUUCCGUGUUUUUACAGCCCUAUUUUACAUACAAGACUGAGAUAUGGGUGACAAGUAAGAUUGAUGAUGACUCCACCAAAGCGGUGUCCUGGAACAAGGUCUUAGCAUUGGAUUUGAGCCCUCAUCUUCGAAUUACUGAGGAUGUAAAGUUUGUGCUUGACGAGGAUAAGAAAGUAGCCGUGUGUUGUGAGAGAUUGAUGGAUUACGACGACGACCAAUUGAUCGAUAAGAUAUACAUUCUCGGCGAGGAUAAUCAAGUCAGUGAAUUUGCUUUUGGUCUGACUACAGGACCUCGGCCAUUUCCUCUUAAUUACGUUCCAAGUUUGGUCCAAAUCUAGCUACCUGCUGGAGACUAAAAACAACCUCUACAAGAUGUGGUCUUGUAGUGUUUCUUGCUUGCUUGCUUGCUUUAAACACAGUUUUUUUUUUUAAGUAUUAUUAUGGUCUAAACAUGUCUCGUACAGCAUAUGUCUAACAAAUAAGUGUUAUUUUUAAUUACGUUCCAAGUUUGGUCCAAAUCGAGUUACCUGCUGGUUGCAACAAAAGAAAAAGAGGUGACUAAACUAGAUGUGGUAUUCUAGUGUUCCUUGCUUGCUUUUAAACACUAAGUUUUAUGAUCGAAAGAAGAAGUGUGUCUAAAAAUUUCAAGCAUUUCUAUAAUUCAAUGACAAAAGUGUCUCUCAUGUUCAAAGCUCCCCUGCUCCGAGUCCUUUCUAUUUCACCUAAGUUACAAAUUGUACAACAACUAGAAGUCAUCAUUACCCAUUCACCUCUUAACUUGUACUACUAAGCCAAGCUGGU